AUGGCUGAGCAGUUGAUUCUCAAGGGUACCCUCGAGGGCCACAAUGGCUGGGUCACCAGCCUGGCUACCUCCAUGGAGAACCCCAACAUGCUCCUGUCCGCCAGUCGUGACAAGACUCUGAUCAUCUGGAACCUCACCCGUGACGAGUCCCAGUACGGCUACCCCAAGCGCUCCCUCAAGGGCCACUCCCACAUCGUCUCCGACUGCGUUAUCUCGUCGGAUGGCGCCUACGCCCUUUCCGCCUCGUGGGACAAGACUCUCCGCCUCUGGGAGCUUGCCACCGGCACCACCACCCGCCGCUUCGUCGGCCACACCAACGACGUCCUGUCCGUCUCCUUCUCCGCCGACAACAGACAAAUCGUCUCUGGUUCCCGUGACCGCACGAUCAAGCUGUGGAACACCCUCGGUGACUGCAAGUACACCAUCACCGACAAGGGCCACUCCGAGUGGGUUUCCUGCGUCCGCUUCAGCCCCAACCCCCAGAACCCCGUCAUUGUCUCCUCCGGCUGGGACAAGCUCGUCAAGGUCUGGGAGCUCUCCACCUGCAAGCUGCAGACCGACCACAUCGGCCACACCGGCUACAUCAACACCGUCACCAUCUCCCCCGACGGCUCUCUCUGCGCUUCCGGUGGCAAGGACGGAACGACCAUGCUCUGGGAUCUUAACGAGUCCAAGCACCUCUACUCCCUCAACGCCAACGACGAGAUCCACGCCCUCGUCUUCUCUCCCAACCGCUACUGGCUCUGCGCUGCCACUGCCAGCAGCAUCAUCAUCUUUGACCUUGAGAAGAAGAGCAAGGUUGACGAGCUCAAGCCCGAGUUCACCGCUGUCGGCAAGAAGAGCCGUGAGCCUGAGUGCGUGAGCUUGGCCUGGAGCGCCGACGGCCAGACCCUGUUCGCCGGUUACACCGACAACAUCAUCCGUGCCUGGGGUGUCAUGUCGAGAGCAUAA